AUGUCUGCCCUUAACAAGAUCGUGGCCACCAGCCCUGCGCACGCAAACCCAUCUGAGCUUGAGACCAGCAUCGCUGGUGCUCUUUAUGACCUCGAGUCCAACACCCCGGAUUUGAAGGCAGCUUUGAGACCUCUUCAAUUCUCUUCCGCCAAGGAGAUUGAAGUUGGCCACGGCAAGAAGGCUAUUGCCAUCUUUGUCCCCGUUCCUUCCCUUCAAGCUUUCCACAAGGUUCAACAACGUCUUACUCGUGAACUCGAGAAGAAGUUCUCUGACCGUCACGUCUUGAUCCUCGCUAGUCGUCGUAUCCUUCCCCGCCCAAAGAGAUCCAACCGUUCCCGAACAUCCCUCACUCAAAAGCGUCCUCGUUCAAGAACUUUGACUGCUGUCCACGAUGCUAUCCUCACCGAUAUCGUCUUCCCAGUUGAGAUUGUCGGAAAGCGUCUCCGUACCAAGGAGGAUGGAAGCAAGGUCUUGAAGGUCAUUCUCGAUGAGAAGGAGAAGGGAGGUGUUGAUCACAGACUUGAUACCUACUCUGAUGUUUACAAGAAGUUGACUGGUCGUGGUGUCGUCUUCGAGUUCCCACAAGGAAGCUCUGCUGAGUACUAG